UGGGUUUGCAUUCAAAUUAGGGUCUAUUAUCGUAUUGAUGACACAAUUAGUACGUGUGUUGUCCAACACCUGUACUCACAUCUCCGACACCACAGUUCUCCGCCCAUUCCUAACACUGGUUUUCAGCUUAAUUGGCGUAAUUGUGGCCCGAAUUACAGAAUCGGCAUUAAGUCCAGUGGUUUCGACGUUAAUAUCAGCAGACAAUCGAGUGGUUGCGUGGAGACGAAGACGUUCCUCCAAUGCCAUGCUAUCUGUGCCCAGACGUACAUCUCUGCCAACUCUGGGCGAUACCCGAACCCAGGGAUUCCAUGGAAACCAUCCUACUAUAGUGUGUAG